CUUUUUUUCGAGCUGACUCACUCCUGUCUGCGCCCUAUACACAGUAUAUACAUAAAUAUACCUACCAUCCUCUGAGUGACCGACCAGAUCAACCAACCAACUCUUGACAACAACAACAACAAUUCCUUCCCAGAAACACAGGGAGACAGAAGAAAAUGCACUUCACAAUCCACCUCCAAACGCCCCCCAACCCCCCAAAACCCUCCUCAAGUUCAUCCCCCCAGAAACAAAACAUCAACUACCACCUCCCCACCCCCUCAACGCCCCAUCCAGCCAACAACCCCCGCAUCCUCAAUGACGCCCUCACCAUCCGCCAAAAAGUCUUCAUUGACGAGCAGCGCUGCUCCCCGGAAGGCGAGAUCGACCAGGACGAGGGCCGGAGUUGGCAUUGGGUUGUGUAUCACCAAUCCUCCGCUUUUUCACCCGGGGGUGAUGGUGAUGGAGUCGUUCAGGGGGAGGAAAGGGGGCGACUGCAGCAGGGAGGAGGAGGAGGAGGAGGGAAGAAGGUGGUGAUUAGCCUUGAUUUCGGAGGGGAUAACCAUUUUGAUACACUUCCACGGAAUGGUGGUGAUGGUCGUACGGGCGCGGGCUCGGGCUCGGGCUUGGGUCCGGUUGCGACGAUUCGAUUGGUGCCGCCGCCUAAUAGACAUGAACAUGAACAUGAACAUGAACAUGAACAUGGGCAGGAGGACCACCUGUCGUCGGGAGGGGAUGCACCACCCAUACAGACAGGGGAACCCUACAUUAAAUUGACGCGGGUGGCUGUCAUGCCCGAGUACCGGGGGUAUGGGCUUGGGCGGGCGCUGGUCGAGGGGGCGGUGGAGUGGGCGCGGGGGCAUGCGCGAGAGAUCGAUGCUGCUGCUGCUGCUGCUGCUGCUGCUACAUCAGGGGAGAAUACUCCCUGGAAAGGGUUGGUGCUCGUUCAUGCGCAGACGCAGGUCGAGAAGUUGUACCAGCGAUGUGGGUUUGUGACGGACGAAAGUAUGGGGCGGUGGGAUGAGGAGGGCAUUGAACAUUUGGGGAUGUGGAGGAGGGUCGAUUUGGUCGAUUAGACUCACUACCCUACAUAACACGGCAGCAUGGACACUAGACUACGACUG